ACAUUUGGGCCCGUCCACUUUUCCUUCUAAAAUUCAUCCUUUCCUUUUCCUUCCUCAUGUUUUCCCUAAAAUCCCAUUUGUUUCCAUCCACCAGCUGACCAGCCCCAAAUCUAAUCAAAGCUCUGCAAGAAAUGGAGAAUCGAUUGAAGAUGAAUUCCUACCAGAGACGCCGCAACCUCAUGGCUGACAGAAUCAGCACGUUGCCAGAUCGAAGCUAUCUCAUAAUCAACAGAUCCUAUAAUGGCUUUUCAAAGUUUAUAUAUAGAACCAUGCGCAACAGAGAUCACCACCAACCAAUCACCACCUUUCGUCUCCAAUGUGGCUCUUCGCAUUUCAACCUUUCUGAUGUCAAUAGAUGGGUCAACUCUGCAGUACAACGUGGACUUGAGAAUCUCUACAUCCAGCUGUUCUAUCAAAUUUUUCCAAAAUUGAUCAAAAGCUGCAUUUUCAGCUGCAAGACUCUUGUUGUUCUCAAGUUGUUUGGGUUAAACGUGGAUGUAUUUUCUUUUGUUCACCUUCCUUCGCUCAAAACUUUGCAGUUGUAUUGCCUUAUUUUUCCAGAACCGCAAUAUGUUAUGGAACUUCUUUCUGGGUGUCCAAUUCUUGAGUAUAUGCAUUUGAGCAGAAUGCGUUAUGCUGACUGUUCUAGUCCUAGUAAUACCAACGUUAAAAGCUUAACUAAGUUGGUCAGUGCAGAUAUAUCUUUCAUUGGCUUUGAAAUUCCUCUGAAAGUGAUUUGUAAUGUAGAAUUUCUUCGCAUUGACAAGUACCCUUAUGAAAUUCCAGUUUUUCCCAAUUUAACUCAUCUGGAGCUCAUGAUGUCGGGUAUUGGUAUGAACUGGCAUUUGGUACUUGCGAUGCUCAAGAAGUGCCCAAAGCUGCAAAAGUUGUUACUUGAUAUGAAGGCAAGUUCUACUCAUGAUAUGGUUUGGACUUCCCCCUUCAAUGAUCCUGAGUGUCUUUCUUCACAGCUUAGGAAGUGUUCCAUUACAAAUUAUAAAGGCACGAAAAGUGAGCUGCAUUUUGCAACAUAUAUUAUGCAGAGUUCCAGAGUUUUACAGACGAUGGCCAUAGACACUGCGCCAUCCUCAGAACAAGGGGACAAAUUUGAAAUGAUAAAAGAAUUGUCCUUGUGCCCAAGGAGUUCCGCAAUUUGUCAACUUUCAUUUAAAUGAAAAUGAAUGCCAUGCUCUAGUUAGUAGCUGCAACCUGCAAGUUGUGUUUAGAAGAUUGCAUUUGCACUUAGUUUAUCUACAUGUAGUACAACUGCUACUGUUUUGAAGGGUAUGGAAUUUGUCUCUUGUAAAUUGUGAUUCAGUACUGGUAUUAUUCUAAUUUUCAGACCAAUGAACAUCUUCUAUUAGUAGUUCACUUGAUCUUAGAUAUUCCUGUCAUUGACUGCAGUUGUAUUGGUUGAAUAAAUUAUGCUCCAUUUUCCCCUUGUA